AAGUUGUUAUCAUUUGCAGUUUCUGUUUUUUUAUUUCAAUUUAUGAGCGACUUUACAAAACACAAAACGAAUUGGUCUAUAGGAUAUUCCAAUUGGACUAAUGCAUCCAUUAUGGAAAGUGCAUCCCAACUAACGUUUACCAAUCGGUUUGGCUGCAUUGAAUACAUUUCUGUUUUCAUUUUGGAUGUAGGUUUGAUUUGUCUGCAUUUGUCUGGUUGUGCUUCGUGAUUCAAGUGCGGUACGGAAGAUAUUGAUAAAAAUUUGUACAAUUGGUGUACUAAUUGAGAAAAUGUGUAUAUGAAAUUGAAAAUUGCAAUUGUGCGUCAUAUAAAUCAAAAGUGAAGUGAUAAAGUGUGGCUCGGGAAAUGUGUGGGACAUUUUAUACAGUGUUCGAGAUUGUAGUAGCAGAAGCAAGCAAAAUAAAAGCAGAGAUUUAUGUUCGCAACAGUAAACGUCGCUGUCUAUAAUUAUUAGUAAAAGCAUAGUUUUUUUGGAAGGGGAGGUGGGGUAUACAUCGCCGGAACUUGCAGCACCAGCACUUCCUUAAAUGCAACAACAACAGAGGCAGCAGCUACAAUGGAAUGCUCCCAAAUUGAUUUAUAUGAGUUUCUAACAGAAGCAGAAUUGCAACAUUAUUAUAAUGCAAUCAAAAAUGAACUGAAAAUUACAAACGCUGCCCACGUCAAAUAUGCGACUGACGAAGACCUCAAACAUAUUGGACUAUCGCGCCCAGAAAUACGUCGUCUGCGCAAAUAUUACGAAAAACACUUUCCACAUGGCUAUCUGAGUAAAAUAAAGCGCUUACUACAGGCGCCAGCCACAAUCGUCAAGCGUGACGGCGGCGAUGGCAGCACAACCCUUUCAAAUGCCUCAUUGCAUAGCGCAGCGGAAUCGCCUUCAACGGCGCGUACCGCCAACUCACCCAGUAAGGCACCGAAUAAUAAGCAUAUUAUACCAGCAGAUUCUAUAACGGUGAACAAGCAAUUGGGUACAGGCGAAUUUGGCAUAGUGCAACAAGGCGUGUGGACCAAUGGCACGGAAAGGAUACAAGUUGCUAUAAAAUGCUUGUGCCGCGAGCGUAUGCAAUCGAAUCCAAUGGAGUUUUUGAAGGAGGCCGCCAUAAUGCACUCCAUUGAGCAUGAGAAUAUUGUACGUUUAUAUGGUGUCGUUUUGGCGACCGACUCAUUAAUGCUGGUUACUGAGUUGGCACAUUUGCGUUCGCUAUUGGAAUGCCUAAAAGAUCCAGGUUUGCGCGUAAGCUUCCUCACGAUUCCAACGCUUUGUGAAUUUGCAAUGCAAAUCUGUAACGGUAUGCGCUACUUGGAAAAUAAGCGUCUCAUACACAGAGAUCUAGCGGCGCGCAACAUAUUAGUUUUCAGCAAGGAUAAAGUUAAAAUCUCCGACUUUGGUCUGUCACGUGCUUUGGGUGUGGGCAAGGACUAUUAUAAGACAAAUUUUAAUGUCAAUCUAAAACUUCCUAUUGCCUGGUGUGCACCGGAAUGCAUCAACUAUUUACGCUUCACCAACGCCUCAGAUGUUUGGGCUUAUGGCGUUUGUCUGUGGGAAAUGUUUUCCUAUGGAUUUCAGCCUUGGGCUGCACUUACCGGCUUACAGAUACUUGAAGCUAUAGACGCACCAAACUAUCAGCGCCUCGAGCAGCCGGAUUGUUGUCCUCAGGAAUAUUACACGCUCAUGAUCAAAUGUUGGCAAGAUGAUCCUGUAAAACGUCCAAAGUUCACGGAAAUCUACGAACUGCUGCCCGAUAUGAAGCCUGAGCAACUGAAAGCGGUUGUGCACUGUUUGGAGCCGAAGAAGGAUCAUUUGUUGUAUCGACAAGGUGAUAUUAUAACGGUGCUCGACCGUAAUACGGGCACACCGUUCUGGAAGGGCGUACUUACAACGGGAAAGACUGGCUUCUUUAACCCCUCAAAUACCGUGGCUUAUUUAGAGGGUUUACCCAGCGCUAAUCGUGAUUCAUUUUGUCGCACGAGUGAACGCAUUAGUAAACGCAAAUUACGCACAGAAAUGAUAUCGAAGCCGCAAAAUGAUUUCAAACACACUGGACAUGUGGGUAUCGACGGCGAUUCAUUUGGCGAUAUAGCGUUCCUCGGCAAUUCGCAAAAUUACAAUCAUGUGCCACGACAAAUCGUUACACCUUAUAAGCCAUCGGAAGAUAUCGAGCAGACACCACUUUUACUGCCACCAACACCAACCAGUCCAGAUUCUCUGCAAACUGCUAGCGGUUACUUCCCCGAAGAGGGUCAUGGCACCUCAAUGAAUCCCACAUUUAUAUCUUCCACGGAGAAUACACCCAAGCAUUUCAACACAGGCAACGGUGCACAGUCGUCAUUCGAAUUUCCUGGACAACAGUCACACACCAAGUCCUUCACCAAUCCAUUUACCCACAAAGGCGACGAUGAAGUUAUGCUGAGCGGCGGUACACUCGCUAUGCAAAAUAACAACUACGGCCUGGAUAGUCAAAGCUUCCAAGGAAACAUUGCUGCGGGUGGCUCACAGCAAUGGCGUGACGCGGUCAAGAAUGGCGGCAGUAGUGAGGAUCCACACGAAUACCAUGAAAUCUCCGAUGACGAAAUGACUGCUGACAAAUUAGAUUUUGGACCUUCGCUCAUGGAUGAAAUCAACUCCAUGUUCGGUUCAAUGAGCGCCAGCACCAGCGCUGCCGCAUCGAAAUCGUCCGAUUUUGAGCACACAAACAAGAAGAACGAAUUCGCCGAAAUCACGUCGAAAUUGGUUGGUGGCAAGAAUGGCGAGAGUAACAGCAGCAGUAAGUUCGGCACCUCCUCGAAGAAGAAGUCAUCGUCGGGCACUGUCAAACCCAUCUCGGUAAAAGAUGAGCGCAUUCUGAAUCAAGCCAUCGAAAUCGCUAAUGAAAUAAGUGCGAGAUCAAUGAACGAUUUGGUGUGCGACCAAACGUCCAGUACACAAAGUCCAAAACGUAAAUUUAGCUUCCGAUUUCCGCACUUGACGAGCAGCGGCAGCAAUGCCAGUGACAAGGGCUCGGGCGGUAAUUGCUCACCGACAGCUGGUGGCGCGAACGCGAAUGCAGCAGCGCAAAAGUCCUUAUCGCCGUAUUCGAAAAAGAAAAAUUUCACUGAAGAACUGGAGAGCAUACCCGAUUUGCAGGCUAUUAUCGGCGAAGAGGGACGCGAAGCUUACAACAGUUUGAUUGAGCGCAAGUCCUCAUUGGGCGCGGGUCUCGGUAUGGGACUUAGUCCCGCCGCCACUUUGCUUAGACAUCUGGACACGAAUGAAUUCGAACUGACCACGGCGAAAACAUUACCGCGACGCUCCAUGCAUCUCCAAGAGCGUAGUGAACCUGCGCGCGGCAUAACUUGUCGUAAUAAUGGCGAUCAAAUCGUGGUGCCGCUGCACAAUGCGCCACGCCCAAUGACGUUGCCCACACGAGGCGCUGCUGGACGCGCUAAAAAGUUGGAUGGCAAUACUGGCGCGCACUUAGUGAAUGGCGGCAGCGUAAAUGUGUCCAACGAAGAGACUGUUACGUCACCAACAUGCAACGGCGACGGUAAUGGCGGUUCAUCGCCCUGCGAAAGCCCCAGCUACUUAACGAAUACAUUCUAUAAAUUUCCCGAGAGCGCGAAUGCAAACACGCCAGCAACAACAGCUGCCACAACGCCGACUGACGACACAACAACAAAUCCGAUACCGCUGCCGCCGCGUGACGGCAAGAAGCACAUUAAAACGAAUGCCAAGCGGCAUGUGCGCAAAUAUCCGCUUAUAAUACCGGUGAAUGGUCUACAACGCACGCUGAAUAUGGUGACGGAGACAACGCCCACGGAGGAUGGUCUGAAGCCGGUCACAGCGCUGACACUCAGCAACGGCGUGAUGCAACGUGCGCUGACAGCGUCGCAGACGAAGGUGACGCCUAAUAAGUCGGUACCAACAGUCACGCCAGUGGUGGCGUCACCGACAUCACCGUCAUCAACAAUGCAUGCGUUCCAACGUCACUCUAGCGACGGUCACACCUAUCAAAACCUAGGCAAACUAUCCGAUGCGGAAACUGGUUCGGGUGCAAAUACCACUGACUCCGCUUCGCUGCAUUUCGAAUCGAUACUCGAAGCCGACUACGACAAAGGCUCUGUGCUGCAGUCACCCGAUGUGACUGAUGGCUUCUACAAUUUCUCCAUACAAAAGGAACAGUACAACAAAGGCAAGACCGUAGAUUUUCAUACGAACAAAAUAUGCGGUUUAUAUGUGAAUGAGGAUGAGCUGCGCAAUCUGGACACCGAAAGGAAUCUCAAAUUGAAACAAAACUCGGCGGCAGCGAAAGGAGCGACAACAACAAUGGCGAACGUUGCUGCUGCGAGCACGAAUCCUGCAGCACCAGCUCAAGCCGCAACAUUGGCGGAACCAGCAGCCGAAGUAUUGGCCACAACAUCAACAAUUACCACAACGGAAAUUAAGCCAGCGCCCUCUAUGGUUACCACAGCAACUAUAACGUUAGCCAGCCCUGUCGAUGAAGCGCCCCCAACACCAAAAGUUGCAACACCAGCCUCACCGGAGAGCGCUGUCAUCAGAGAGAAAAGUGGCAAGGCAAACCUGACAGCCGACAACGAGCUGGCUGGCAAUGCACUCUUUAAGAAAGUACGCGAAUCCGUUGAACUGGCUAUGGAUAAGAAGGCGCCUGGCACUACAAAUGCAGCCGGUAGUGGUGGCAGUAGUAGUAGCAACAAAAUACACAAAGUAGCACGUGCUUCCUCCAUUGCAACAACAACGACUCGUCCACAAACCGAAACGGAAUACUUCGCAGCAGCCACUGCGCGUCUCAAAGACUCGAAUUCCGUGAGCUGCGAGGAUCUGCUAGAGUUUUCCGAUAAGAAACCGAGGGGCUGCGAACGUGGUGUGGACUCGGAUGAGGUGCGCAUAAUGGUCAAAGUGCUCGGCAAAAGUGUUGUCGAGCCAACACGUUGCCUACAAUCACUCGAAUUCAUCGGCUGGGAUGUGCACAAAGCGAUCAAAAUCAUUAAACUACAAAAUAUUUUACCCGCAAAAGAACUGAGCUUCGCCGCCGCGGUGGAGGCGUUGCAGAAAUUCGAGUGGGACUUGCACACAACUGCGCUCAAGCUGAAAACCAGUAAAUGCUAAUUACAACAACAAAAAGUGAAAUUUAAACCGAAAAGCGCCACGAAGUUAGAAAUAAGUAUCAAAAACUUAAUUUUUUUUUAAUUUGCGAAUACUACAAAUUGAUUGUGAUUAGAUUUUGCUCGAAAGAAACCUAUUAGGCUCAUAUAUUUUUUGUACCCACUGUAAAAGUAAUAAAUUUUUAAAUUUAAAUUUAAGUAAAAAAGCUGAAAACUGCUAAGGGGUGCCAGCAAAAGCUCAUUUGCACAACUAAAGCAAAAACAUAUUUACAUUACAUUACACUAGCAUGUGUCAUACAAAAAACAUAAAUUUAUCUUUAAGCAGAUAAAACAUAAAGAAACAUAAACAAACUGUAAACAGAAGCCAAUCAGUGCCUUUUCGCAUUAAUGCGACGUUGAAUCAUCUCAGAUGAUGUCAAUGAAAUGAAAAACCAGAACACCGAGGAUAUCUCCGUAUCUCCAUGUGUGCCUUGGCUUAUUAGCGAUUUCGAAUAUUUAAAUAUUCAUACAUACAUACAUAUUCAUAUGCCAUUGUAGCACAGCUCGACUGCAAGUGUGUAUCUCAUGAAAAGUACUUAUUGCAUUCGUUUGUAUUGCAUUUCACUUAUAUAUAUUAUUAAUAAUGUCAGCGCAACUAUAUUUUUAUUACUCUUUAAAUUUAUUAUUAUAAAAAAUUAAGUUAACAUUUUAAACUGACUACACACAUAUACAUAUACAUA